GGGAAGUAGAGGGCUUUCGCCUCAGUGCCCACUGUUCGUGUGACAGCAAAGAUAACACACUGCAAGUGGACAUCAACGGGCUCCGUUCCAGCCGCCGAGGUGACCUGGCCACCAUUCACGGCAUGAACCGGCCCUUCCUGCUCCUCAUGGCCACCCCACUGGAGAGGGCCCAGCAUCUUCACAGCUCCCGGCAGCGCCGGGCCCUGGACACCAACUACUGCUUCAGCUCCACCGAGAAGAACUGCUGCGUGCGGCAGCUCUAUAUCGACUUCCGGAAGGAUCUGGGCUGGAAGUGGAUCCACGAGCCCAAGGGCUACCACGCCAACUUCUGCCUGGGGCCCUGCCCCUACAUUUGGAGCCUGGACACGCAGUACAGCAAGGUCCUGGCCCUGUACAACCAGCACAACCCGGGCGCGUCGGCGGCGCCGUGCUGCGUGCCUCAGGCGCUGGAGCCGCUGCCCAUCGUGUACUACGUGGGCCGCAAGCCCAAGGUGGAGCAGCUGUCCAACAUGAUCGUGCGCUCCUGCAAGUGCAGCUGAGGCCCCGCCCCGCCCGGCAGGCCCCGCCCACCGGCAGGCCCGGCCCCGCCCCCGCCCGCUGCGCCGGGCUGUAUUUAAGGACACCGCGCCCCAGCCCCGCCCCCCUCCCGCCCCUGGGGUCCAUUAAAGGUGAAGAGAGGACUGGGGUCUCUGUGCGUGUCGUUGGGUCCCUGACUGGGGUCUCCCUGUCGGCAUUCCUGACGUUCCCGGGUUCCUGCUCCAUGUGCCCCCCUCCUGUCGCUCUCCACCAUUCAUUUCCUCCCACAAACACCUGCUGAGCGCUCCUGAAGUCCCAAGUACUCCCGGCGGCCGCUAGAUUUAUUUAUUGAGCACCUUGUGCCCUGUUCCAAAUGCCUUAUAUUGACUAACUCAUGUAAUCACCAUAACAAAACUCUGAGAUACAGUGUCCUCUGAGGUAACACUCACUUUAAAGGUGAGGAAGCCAGAGCCCAGCGAGGUUAAGGGAAUAGUUGCUGCCCACCAGGAACCUGCUUUCUGGGGAGGAGACAGAUGUGGGAAGCGACGCUAAGACAGGAAAGCAGGAUGGAGCCAGAGAUGGUUUGGGGGAGGAGGGAGGGCUCCUUGGAGGAGGCAGCGUCUGGGACUUGAAGGAAGUCAAGAAGGCAGUCUGGGGGAGCACUCGGGGAGAGUGUUCUCCGUAGGAAGACCUAGGCACAGCCUGGCCAUGAGGAUGAACUUGGAGUGAGCGACACUGAGAGGAAAGGCCAAUGUGGUUGGAAGGGAGGGACAAGGGGAAGAAGGGUGCUGGGAGCUGAGUCAGUUGAUUAACGCUCAUGGGCCAGAGAGUAAUAAUAUUCCCCCUGCCAGGUAGGGCUGUAGGAGCUACCCGCAUUCUCCCCACAGCCCAGCAGAGCAGGGGAUUAGCAAAUUACCGCCUGCAGGCCAAUUCUGGCCCGCUGCCUGUGUCUGUAAAUAAAGUUUUAUUGGAGCACA